AUGCCAAUGAAUGAUGCAAUUACUAUUCGUGUUGGAAAUUUAAAUCAAAAAAUUAAACAUCUCAAAUCAAAUGCUUCAGCUAUUAUUUCUUCACUUUUGGAAGACUUUCCUGGUGGUUCAAUAAAUAUAAGAUCGGUUUAUUUAGCAGCUGUGAAUGUUUCUUUGCCUGUUUAUGUUGAUUUUGGUUCUUCCAACGAAAUAAAUUUUGAAUUGCCUCCAGAGCCCGAACUUGUUGAAAUUGUUGGAGAAUGUUCUACCCUUCCAGACGGAUUAGAAGUCAAAGUAAGGGCUGAUGGAUUGGUUACUACAGUGGAAAAGAAGAGUGGUGAAGAAGUUUUGUAUCCUACAGAACAGGAUGAAUGGGAAAAGGAAGAUGAUAUGAAGCCAUUAAAUGCUGAAUUGAUUCAAAAAAUAUUGAGAAAAGGAAAGGUUCAAACAAAAAUGGAAAAAAUAAAGGAAGAAUUGAGAAAGAUGGUAAAGGGGGAAGUAAAGGAAGAGAAGGAAGAAAAAAGAGGAGAGGAAGAAGAGAAGGAAGUGGCUGAAGAAGAAAAUGAGUUUAAACAUGUUGAAGAAGAAGUCCCAAACAAAUCACCAAAGAAACUGAAGAAUAAAAAAAGGAAAGUAAAGGAAGAGGUGGAGAAGGAAGAAAAAAUAGAAGAAGAGGAGGAGAAGGAGGAGGUUGAAGAAGUGGAAGAAGAACCUGAAAAAGAAGAUGUUCCAACCAAGUCUUCAAAGAAAUUGAAGAAUAAAAAGAGAAAAUUAAAGGAAGAGGAGGAAAAAGAAAUAAGAGAGGAAGAAGAAGAGGAGGAAGAGAAGGAGGAGGAGGGUGAAGAAGAAACCGAAGAAGAAGAAGAAGUUCCAAUCAAGUCACCAACCAAACUGAAUAAGAAGAAAAGAAAUGGAGCAAUUAAAAGAAAAAUUGAAAAUACAAGUAUUGAGAUGAUUAAAGGAAGGAAAACUAAAAAGGCUAAAAAAUUUUGAAGGAUUUUUAUAAAAGCAAAAUGUUUCAGGUUUUUUAAAAUUGUUAUUUUAUUGUUAGAUAAAUUUUAAGAAUAUAAAUUUUCCAAACUUUUUGUUAGGAUAAGGGGAAAAGGGGUCCGGGUCAUAGGGAAAGGUCACAAAAGGUUUGUGAGGAGGGCUAAAUGUAACGGAAGAGAAUGAGAUUUUUUUAGGUUUAUUUUUGAUUUUUGUAAAUAAGGUUAAUAAUGAAAGGGUAUGAGUCUUAAUGGAAGGAUAAGCCUUGUUAAUGUUACGGGUUAAAAAAAAUUUUUUGAAAAUAUUCCAGUUUGAUUUGAAAUCUCCUUUAUUUGAGUUUUGUGAAAGUUGGAGUGAUGUUGUAGAAUAAAAAUCCUUUUUAAUAGCAGAAAAUUUAUUUUU